AUGGCAUAUUUACUUGAAAGAGAUAAUAGUCCACGAUGUACUUUAGAAGGUAGUAAAAAAGAACAAUUCACACAGAAACACUUUACAGAUCUAAUACACGAUUCUCACUCACGAAAUAAUGAUUAUUAUAUAGGACGAGUUCAAACAUCUUUAACAGACAAAAAUGAAUUUUAUUGUUACGAUGCUCGACAACUUUGCAAAUAUCUUUUUGAAAUGGUGAUUUCAACUGAAGGAAGAAAAAUUCGUAUUAAAAAUUUUAAAGAUCCUAUAAGUCAAGAAAAUAUUGAUGAAAUCCAUUUUUUUAGAUUGAAGUAUGAUUCUGAUGAGCCUUUGCGAGCAGAAUAUGUAGGUAAUCAUAAGAACUUUCUUGAAAGUAAUAGCUUACGUUCUAAAAUUUUUUAUUCAGAAGAUGCACUUGAUGCUUUAUCUGUUAAUUUUCAAUUUAAUAGUGUCAAAAAAACAAACUUAAUUGAAAAGAAAAAGCUAUAUUCUUUUUUAAUACUUCUAUUUCUAGGUAUUAUUGUGUUCAGUAGUGUUGUUUUAUUAAUUGAAAAAAAGAAGUCAAGCAGAAAAUUCAAUGAUCAGAUUAAAUUUAAAUCUAAAUAA